GGUAAAGAGGGUCAGUUUUUGACUAUAUCCUUGACGAGCAAGAUGAGAUGGAAGGAACUUCUGUUUGUUUCCAGUUGUCUUAUCACGCAAAUCUCUUGCCACCAAACAGGACAACCUAAUCGCAAUAAUCGCUCCUUCACAAUCGACUAUGGCAUGAACACUUUUGUCAAGGACGGUGUUCCAUUUCGGUACAUCUCGGGAUCCAUUCACUACUUCCGUGUCCAUCCAAACCAUUGGGAAGAUCGGUUGAAGAAAAUCCGUUCAGCUGGCCUCAAUGCCAUUCAGGUUUAUGUAGAAUGGAACAGCCACGAACCAGAACCCGGGAAGUUCCAAUUUGAGGGUAAUCAAGAUCUAGAGAGGUUCCUGGAAUUGGCCCACAAAUGGGGAUUGUUGGUCAUUCUCCGACCUGGUCCCUUUAUCGAUGCCGAACGAGACUUUGGAGGGCUUCCUUUCUGGCUAUUGCAGAAGAAUAAGCAAGUCAAGUUGAGGACCGCGGAUCCAUCUUUUAUGAAGCCCGUUCGAUCUUGGUUUAAAGUGUUGUUCCAAAAACUGAAGAGACUCUUGCACCAAAAUGGUGGUCCAAUUAUCAUGGUCCAAGUUGAGAAUGAAUACGGCUCGUAUGGACAACAGACUGGAAAGUGCGACACUGAAUACAUUUCCCAGCUCCGAGAUAUCACUAGGGAACACCUUGGACAGGAAGUGCUUCUUUUCGCCACUGAUGGAGGCGGUAGCAUCGAUUCGAUUCGUUGUUCCAAAGUACCGGGAGUUUAUUCCACAGUCGACUUUGGACCAACUGAAGAUUUCAAAGAUCGUUUCCACCACCAACGCUUGUUUGAGCCUCAUGGUCCAUUGGUGAAUUCAGAGUUCUACACUGGCUGGUUGGACCAUUGGGGCCAUCCCCAUUCCCAAACUCCAUCCAAGAAAGUCAAUUCCGUCUUGGACGCAAUGCUGAAGUUUGGUGCCAAUGUGAAUUUGUACAUGAUCCAUGGGGGAACAUCAUUCGGAUUUGGAGCUGGUUCCAAUUUCCCUCCGUUCCAAGUCACACCAACCUCAUACGAUUACGAUGCUCCCAUUUCCGAGGCUGGUGAUUUAACGCCCAAAUAUGAAGACCUCAAGAGGGUUGUGGCCAAAUAUGAAGCCAUUCCUGAUGCCAUUCAAGUAAAGAAUUCAUCGAAGCGAGCCUACGGGUCCAUUUACUUGAAACCCCUUGGAACCAUUUUCGACCACGUCAAGAACCUUACCACCUUCUCUAUGGGAAUAAGUACAAACCCAUUGACCUUUGAAGAAUUGGGCCAAGCUUUUGGAUUUGUCUUGUACGAACAUCGUCUGGACCAUGUGACCACAAAUCCAGUUCAGCUAGAAAUCAAAGGACUUCACGACCGUGGCUAUGUCUACGUGAAUCAAGAACUCCAAGGUAUCUUAUCUCGAUCUGAGUCAAUUUUCACAAUGCCAUUAAUCAUUGCUAAAGGCCAAAAGCUGCAAAUAUUGGUAGAGAAUCAAGGCCGUAUCUGUUUCGGCAAAAAUCUCAAUGAUUUCAAAGGAAUCACGUCCGCAGUCAAACUUGGGAAUAAUAUUCUAACCAACUGGCACAUGCGAUCGAUCCCAGUGUCUCAUGUGUCACAUUUUGAUACCACUCCUCCCUCGCUGAAGACCAAAUUUAAGAGCAUGAGCUUCUGGAAAGGACAUAUUAAGAUAUCUUGUCCCCGAUCAUCUCCAGAAGAUACCUUUUUGAGUUUUCAGCAUUGGAGCAAAGGCCUUGUCUUUGUUAAUGGCUUCAAUUUGGGUCGGUAUUGGCCCCGUUUAGGCCCACAAGAGACUCUAUAUCUACCGGGACCCUUAUUAAAAUGUGGCAUUAAUGACGUUUUGGUGCUGGAACAAGAAAAGACUCCGUGUCGUUUCCACAAAGGAUCUUGGUUAAACUGUAAUAUCAAAUCCACCGACUCUCCACAAAUUAAUGGCCAAACUCCAAGCGUAUAACAUUGUGUCAUGCCCAACUAUUAAAAAAUGCCCUUUUGGAGUAUCAUUCCAUCAGUUUGAACAGUUUUAUCCCUCAUGUUAAUCAGCUUGACUUUUUAUAUUUAGGCACUUUCGUGUGUUAAAAAAAUGACCAUAAAAAUAAUGUUACAGUUUGAAAA